GUUAUUGUAGCAUUCCGAGGAACACAACCAUUGGAUCUUGACAAUUGGAUAACUGAUGCUCAUUUGAUUCAAGUACCAAUCAAUAAGAGUGAACCUGAUAUAAAGAUACAUUCUGGUGUACUUGGUCUAUACAAUGAACUUAAACCACAACUAGAGUUCUUUGUAAGUGAGAUACAAGAACAAUGCCCAACUUGUACAAAUUUGGAAGUUACUGGACAUUCAUUGGGUGCUGCAUUGGCUACUAUGAUGGUGUAUGAUUUCUAUCCAAGUCGCUUCAACAAGACAUUGUAUAGGUAUAUUUAUGGAUCACCUAGGUUGGCCAAUCAAGCAUUCGUCGAUGCCUUUCUAAAGAGGGUGGGCUCCAACAUUGACAAUGUUUGGAGGAUCGUACAGAGUAAGGACAUUAUAUCACAGCUACCAUUCAAGAAGAUGGGAUAUGCUCCUCUUCCACACGAAGUUUGGUUGAACAGUGAUGGAACAGUCAAUCAUGUUUGUCUUGGAAGUGAGGAUGAAGAAUGUCAAGCCUCACUACCAGUUAGACUUCUGGAAGUAAGGCCACACUCCUACUACUUUGGUAUCAACUCUGGUGCAUGCGAGAGGAACGACUACCCUAUCAUCACAAUUGGUCUCAAUUUUAACUUUAACAAUCAACAAAAUAUUGUAGUUGGC